AUGAAACUAUUUUCAGACCAUUCAUCCAAUGUUAUGCCGUCACCAACGUUCAAUUUCAGCUACUCGAAAUUGACCAGUGACGGUGCUCCAGUGAUCAUUGUGUUGGGGUUAGAACGUACUGGAACAACCAGUGUGAAGGUUGCUCUUGAAAAACUACUGAAACAACCGUGUUAUCACUUGUCCGAGAUUCGUGACAAACAUCCGGAACAUGUGAUCCAAUGGAAAAAUCUGUUCUUGAAGCUGAAAUCGAAUCCGUCAUCAGCACCCUCGAAGAACGAGAUUGAUGGACUUGUAAAGGGAUACCGUUCAUCUUCUGGUUUACCACUGUCAUCUCUUUAUCAUCAUUUGGUGAAGCUCUAUCCUGAGGCCAAAUUCAUUCUUACCACCAGAGAUCGGAAAUUAUGGAUCCAGAGUGUACGGGAAACAGUGCUGCCUAGAGGGGGUAUGAAAGUACCCGACGUUGUGGGCCCGUUGGCAGAGUUUCUGAAAAGCUGUUUCGAGACAAAUACGCUUGCAAUUCGCCACACACUUGGCGAUGACCUCGAUCUGGAUGAUGACAUUGCGCUGAUGAACGCGUACGAUAAGCGCAACGCGGAAAUCGAGGCCACAAUCCCGUCAGAUCGUCUGUUGUUAUUCCGUCCGGGAAUGGGAUGGGACCCAUUGUGUAAAUUUCUAAAUCUUCCCAUUCCGGAUGAAGGGUUCCCAUGGGUGAAUACACGAGAACAAUUCUAUGCUGAAUGGCAAAAGCUCCUUGAAGGCAAACCAACGGCAUGCUCCAAACAAAAAUAA